CUCGGGCCUCGCCUGGGCCCAUCUCGCUCGGGGGCUCGGGGGCUCGGUCGGGUAACGGCUCCUCAGCGGCUGCUCGGCAGCGCGGGUCUACAACAUGGAAAAGCAAGUGCUCGAGUCCUCUGAAGAGCGAACAUUUCAGUACCAAGAUUCCCUGCCUCCGCUGCCCGUACCUCCUCUGGAUGAAUCUUUAAGUAAAUACCUUGACUCAGUGAAGCCAUUUCUAAAUCAAGAAGAAUAUCAAAGAACUGAGGAUAUUGUUAAAAAAUUUGAAAAUGGGAUUGGCAAAGAGCUGCAUCAGAAAUUACUGGAAAGAGCUAAAACCAGGAGGAAUUGGCUGGAGGACUGGUGGCUGAAUGUGGCUUAUCUUGAUCUUCGCAUAUCAACACAAAUAAACUGUAACAUGGGAGGCCCUGGUCCCUAUAUUGAACACUGCUGGCCACCCAAAGAAGGCACUCAGAUAGAGAGAGCGUGUGUAAAUAUAUGGCACACCCUGAAGUACUGGGAGCUAUUACGAGCAGAGAAAGUGCCUAUAGAGAGAUCUGGAAAUGCUGUUCUGGACAUGAGCCAAUUUCGAAUGCUCUUUAACACUUGCAAGGUUCCUGGAAUUACCAGAGACUCACUCUGCAACUAUUUUAAGACUGUGACUGAAGGUGAAUGCCCAUCUCACUUAGUAGUCCUGUGUCGAGGCCGAGUGUUUGCAUUUGAUGCUAUACAUGAAGGCAACAUGCUGACUGCUCCAGAGAUUUCCAGGCAACUUACAUACAUCCAGAAAAGAUGCCAUAGUGAACCAGAUGGACCAGGACUGUCAGCCUUAACAAGCAAUGAAAGGACAAAAUGGGCAGAGAUACGUGACUAUUUAAUUAGUCUGGACCCAAAGAACCUAGCUCAUCUUGAAAAAAUUCAGCAAAGUUUGUUUGUGGUCAGCCUGGAUGAUUCUAGUCCCCAUGCAACUCCUGAGGACUACACAGAGAUAAUGAGGCUGGGCCUAGCAGGUGAUCCAACUGUGCGCUGGGGAGAUAAGUCCUACAAUAGCAUAUUCUUCUCCAAUGGAACCUCCAGUGCAUUCUGCGAUCAUUCUCCUUUUGAUGCAAUGGCUUUAAUCACCAUGUUGGCUUCUGCUGAACAAAAGAUUAUUGAAAAUGAGGGAAAAUGGAAGGGAUCAGAUAAAGUGAGGGACAUUCCAUGGCCAGAGGAACUUAUAUUCACACUAGAUCAAAAAAUUAUAAAUGAAAUUGAACGUACUAAAGAAACAUAUUAUGAAAAGGUAUCUGACCUGCAACUAGCGUGCUAUGCUUUCACAUCCUUCGGUAAAGCCUUGAUUAAGAAGAGGAAGCUUCAUCCAGAUACAUUUGUGCAGCUUGCCCUUCAGCUGGCUUAUUACAAGUGUCAUGGCCGCCCGGGCUGCUGUUACGAAACUGCAAUGACCAGGCGUUUCUAUCACGGCCGCACAGAGACCAUCAGACCUUGUACCAUGGAAGCAGUAGACUGGUGCAAAUCCAUGUUGGAUCAUUCUGCCACUAAUUAUGAACGCCUACAGCUGAUGCAUGCAGCAUUUGCAAAGCACAAUAGAAUGAGGAAAGACUGUGAGAAUGGAAGAGGAUUUGACCGUCAUCUCCUGGGUCUCCUUCUCAUAGCACAGGAGCAGGGACUGCCAGUGCCAGAACUCUUUGUGGACCCUGCCUUCACAGCCAGUGGAGGAGGUGGGAACUUUGUUCUUUCAACUAGCCUGACUGGCUACACCAGGUUUAGUGGAUGUGCACUCCCUAUGGUACAUCACGGCUACGGCUUUUUUUAUGCAAUCAGAGAUGACAGGAUUGUUGUUUUGUGUUCUUCCUGGAAGUCGUGCCCAGAGACCAGUGCAGAAGUGCUGUGCAGAACUUUAUUCCAGUGUUUCCAGGACGUGCUUCAGUUAACAGUUACAGCUCAGCUAUAAAAUUGAUGAUGAUAAGAGCCUUUGCAAGUUCACAAGUUAUUUGUAGUACUUAUAAGUGAAACGCGGUGUAAGAGAACUGUUAUAUUCAAGCUAAGACUUCUAAUAAUUUGCAUGAAGUCUUCCUCUUUUGGUGGGAUCUACACUAAGUAAUGUGGCCAUUUGCAACAACAAUGCAAGCAGUAGAACUAUGCAAUAUGAUAUGCCUCAACAAUGCAAACACUUUUGAGAAACACGGUGUUGGAAAUGGAGAACUUUUGGGAGAUUUGUAUUUAUGAUCUUAGUAGUAACAUGUAGUCUAAUGGUACUGUUUUUGCCAGUGGAGCACUUAACUGUGUACUUUGGAAUAACCACAUGAUUGUCUUAAGAGAUUGUGCUGCCUGGUUCGAGUGGUUUAUGAAGUAGCCUGAUGGGGGCAGCCCUUCUAUAUGCUAUUUUCUAAAUUCUUUCAUUUUUGCUACCUGGCUUGCAUAAAAUAAAUGCAUCUCUGAUAGGGAUGUUCCCAUUGCAUUUAUAAUAUACGAGCAUUACAAUGUGAAGUAUUUUGAAUCUCAGUAAUACAGAAAGUAGCAUAUUAAUUCAAAAUGCAUUGGAGUUUACAUCAUCUAGUGAGCUGUGAAUUUCUCUGCUGCUUUACACUAGUAAUACACAGCAACAGAGAGCACUGAAUACAGUUUGAGAUGCUCGGGAUUUUAAGAUUUGAUUCCUCUGUUUGAGCAGCUUUUAAUCUUACUUCUCUUAAAAAAUAAAAUUAUUCAAAAAA